AUGGAAAUGGCUAUGAAGGAUGUGAGGUGUACAACACUGAUCGGUGAUGUGGUAUAUCAGCCGGAAAAUAAAACCAAUAAGCGAGUCUGGUCGAGAGUUAAGAAAGUCCAUGGCACCAUUCUCAUCAAUGGAGUGACUGAGGAACGCUUAAGAUUGCCAAGAGGUCUCGUCGUUCAUGGAUGGGCACCUCGAGUCGUGAGGGUUACUAACAAUCGCAUUCUCAAGUAUAUUGGUGCUCUACUACGCAUAGAUGUGAACGGCCCUGAGCCAUGGUUCUGGUUCUAUAAUAAUUCGAAAUUUUGCCAUACCGCCGAUAUGAAAAAGAAAAUUGAAGAAAAAAUAAAUGGAAAGUUGGAAUGGAAUGAGGACUGUUGUAAGUUCAUCUAG